CGCCUAUUCCACCACCCUCCAGCUCGGGUACCUACCAGGUUUCCUGUGCCCAGGAUGCAGGGAGCUAGGGCCCGCAGGGGCCAGUCCCCUGCCGAGAUGGGCGCCCUGGGCUGGCCCACGACCCUCCUGCUCACCUAUGCGCUGGCCACCCUGGAGUUCACGUGCCUCUUCAUGCAGUUCUCUGUCCUGCCGUACCUGUCCCGGAGCUUGGGGCUGGAUUCUGUCGCCUUUGGCUACCUGCAGACGACCUUGGGUGUGCUUCAGCUGCUGGGCGGGCCGGUGUUUGGCAGGUUCGCGGACCAGCGCGGGGCGAGGGCCGCGUUCACCGUCUCUUUCCUGGCGUCCUCCGUCUUCUACCUGCUCCUGGCGGCCGCCUGCACCCCGUGGCUGCCGGGGGUGGCUCUGCUCUUCGCCUCGCGCCUGCCCAGCGCGCUCAUGCACGCGAUGCCAAGUAGGGCCAGCCGCCCAGAUGGUCAUCACAGACCUGACCACGCCCGAGGAGCGGCCCACGGCCCUGAGCCGGCUGGGCCUCUGCGUGGGCUCCGGCACCAUCCUCGGCUCCCUGCUCGGCGGGACCCUGAGCACGGCAUGCGGGAUCCACUGUCCAGUGUUGGUGGCUUUUGUGGCCAACCUCCUGGGAGCCAUCCUCAGCUUCACCUACGUCCCCGCCAACACCAAAGGAGCCGGAGCCCAUGGCCCGGCUGCCCCGCCAGGCGGACCCCAGGCCGGCGUGUUCGACCUGAAGACCAUCACCCGCCUCCUGCUGCAGCCGGGCGUCCUCCCCGUGUUCCUCAUCAAGGUGGUCUGCGGCUUCCCCUUCGGGCUCUUCCUGGUCAUGUUCGCCAUCAUCAACAUGGAGUUCUUCCAGCUGGAGCCUGCCCAGGCCAGCUACCUCCAGUCCUUCUUCGGGAUUCUGAUGAUGGUCAUCCAGGGCCUGCUCAUCGGGCGGCUGAGCAGACGCUUCUCGGAGGGAGCGCUGCUCUGGGCCAGCGUGCUGGUCUUCUGCCUGGUGGGACUGGCCAUGGUGCUGAUGUGUAACGUCUUCCACUUCUGCCUCCUGAUGCCUGGCCUGGUCUUUAGCCUGUGUACUCUCAACGUAGUCACCGACAGCAUGCUGACCAAGGCCGUCUCGGCCUCGGACACGGGGACCAUGCUGGGCCUCUGCGCCUCUGUGCAGCCGCUGACCCGCACCAUCGGGCCCACCCUGGGUGGCCUCCUGUACCGCAGAUUUGGCGUCCCCGCCUUCGGCCACGUGCAGUUCGCCGUCAACUUCCUUGUCCUCCUGGUCCUGUGGAGGCAACCGAUACUCCUCCAGGAGGUGAACAAAGCCAGGUGACCUUGGCUCCUGAGCACAGACUGGCAAUAAAUCCCCUUGGGACCGCU